AUGCAGUGGAGAAAUCUUUCAUCUUUAAGUUAUGCUGAUAUUUGUGAUUCAUCAACUCCAAUUAAUGAAAAGAGCACUCAAGAGUUUUGGGCAGGUAUUUUAAAUAUUACAGAAGGAGGGAAAAGUAAAUUUGAGGAAUUGGCUCUAUUUGUAUUGCAAAUACUUUCCCUGCCAUUAUCAAAUGCCAUUGUUGAAAGAGUAUUUAGUGAAAUGAAUUCGGUUAAAUGCAAAUCAAGAAACCGUAUGCAUGUCGAUAUGUUACAAGCAAUACUUAGAAUUAGACUUAACCUUAAUGUAACUCGUCAAGUAUGCUGUAAAAGUUUUAAGACAACAGAAACAAUGUUUCUUAAGUUUAUAUCUGAUAUGUACAACUCACCUACAAUGACGACAUCAGAUAGUGUAGAUUCAGUGACAGUCCUGGAUAAAGUUGUGGACAUUUUUGAAUGUGAAGAUGCCCAAGAAAUCAAUGUAUAUGACUAA